AUGGGGCUGCCUACUCUGGAGUUCAGCGAUUCCUACUUGGACAGCCCGGAUUUUAGGGAGCGCCUGCAGUGUCACGAGAUUGAACUGGAGCGAACCAACAAGUUCAUCAAAGAGCUCAUUAAGGACGGCUCUCUGCUCAUUGGGGCGCUGAGGAAUCUGUCUAUGGCAGUACAGAAAUUUUCCCAGUCACUGCAGGAUUUCCAAUUUGAAUGUAUUGGUGAUGCUGAAACAGAUGAUGAAAUUAGUAUUGCUCAGUCACUAAAGGAAUUUGCAAGAUUACUCAUUGCAGUAGAAGAAGAAAGGAGGAGACUGAUUCAAAACGCUAAUGAUGUAUUAAUUGCUCCACUUGAGAAAUUUCGCAAAGAACAGAUAGGUGCAGCAAAAGAUGGAAAGAAGAAGUUUGACAAGGAGAGUGAAAAGUACUAUUCUAUUCUUGAUAAACAUUUAAAUUUGUCUGCAAAGAAAAAGGAAUCUCAUUUGCAAGAGGCAGAUACACAGAUUGACCGAGAACAUCAGAAUUUUUAUGAAGCAUCACUAGAAUAUGUCUUUAAAAUUCAAGAGGUUCAAGAAAAAAAGAAGUUUGAAUUUGUUGAGCCGCUUUUGUCAUUCCUUCAGGGUUUAUUUACUUUCUACCAUGAGGGAUAUGAACUCGCCCAGGAAUUUGCACCAUAUAAGCAACAGCUUCAGUUCAACUUGCAGAACACAAGGAAUAAUUUUGAAAGUACUCGACAAGAGGUAGAGCGGUUGAUGCAAAGAAUGAAAUCUGCCAACCAAGAUUACAGACCACCCAGCCAGUGGACAAUGGAAGGCUACCUUUAUGUCCAGGAGAAACGACCACUUGGUUUUACAUGGAUUAAACAUUAUUGUACAUAUGAUAAGGGAAGUAAAACAUUUACAAUGAGUGUUUCAGAAAUGAAAUCCAGUGGGAAAAUGAAUGGCCUUGUUACUGGUUCACCAGAAAUGUUUAAAUUGAAAUCUUGUAUCCGACGAAAGACAGAUUCAAUUGACAAACGAUUCUGCUUUGACAUAGAAGUAGUUGAAAGACAUGGAAUCAUCACAUUGCAGGCAUUCUCAGAAGCUAAUCGGAAACUCUGGCUUGAAGCCAUGGAUGGUAAAGAACCGAUUUACACCCUGCCUGCCAUUAUUAGCAAGAAAGAAGAAAUGUACUUAAAUGAAGCAGGGUUCAACUUUGUGAGAAAAUGCAUUCAAGCUGUGGAAACAAGAGGCAUCACUAUUUUAGGCCUCUACCGAAUAGGAGGAGUAAACUCCAAAGUUCAGAAACUCAUGAACACAACAUUUUCUCCAAAAUCCCCUCCUGAUAUUGACAUUGAUAUUGAAUUGUGGGAUAAUAAGACAAUAACAAGUGGACUGAAAAACUACCUCAGAUGUCUUGCAGAACCACUGAUGACUUACAAGUUACACAAAGAUUUUAUUGUUGCAGUUAAAUCUGAUGACCAAAACUACCGGGUGGAGGCUGUACAUGCAUUGGUGCACAAAUUGCCAGAAAAAAACAGAGAGAUGCUGGACAUCUUAAUAAAGCACCUCGUCAAAGUGUCACUACACAGCCAACAAAAUCUCAUGACUGUCUCAAACCUUGGUGUCAUAUUUGGCCCAACUCUAAUGAGAGCACAAGAAGAAACUGUGGCUGCCAUGAUGAAUAUUAAAUUUCAGAAUAUUGUGGUUGAAAUUCUGAUUGAGCACUAUGAAAAGAUUUUCCAUACUGCCCCAGACCCAAGCAUUCCUCUUCCUCAGCCUCAGUCUCGAUCUGGAUCCCGAAGGACACGAGCAAUCUGCCUCUCCACAGGUUCCCGGAAGCCUAGAGGGAGGUAUACACCGUGCUUGGCAGAACCUGAUAGUGACUCUUACAGUAGCAGUCCAGACAGCACACCCAUGGGGAGCAUUGAGUCACUCUCCUCUCACUCCUCUGAGCAAAACAGCACAACCAAGUCGGCUUCCUGCCAGCCCAGGGAGAAAUCUGGAGGGAUUCCUUGGAUUGCAUCCCCAUCACCUUCCAAUGGACAGAAAAGUCUUGGACUCUGGACAACUAGUCCUGAAUCAAGUUCUAAAGAGGAUGCAACCAAAACGGAUGCAGAAUCAGAUUGCCAGAGUGUUGCCUCGGUCACCAGCCCAGGGGAUGUUUCCCCACCCAUAGACCUGGUCAAGAAAGGGCCGUAUGGGCUUUCAGGACUGAAAAGAGCCUCAGCUUCCUCUCUCAGAUCCAUCUCUGCAGCUGAAGGAAGCAAGAGCUACAGUGGAUCCAUUCAAAGCUUAACUUCUAUAGGUUCCAAAGAGAUGCCCAAAGCCCCACCACACCCAGACCUGCCUCCAAAAAUGUGCAGGAGAUUAAGGCUAGACACUGCCUCAAGCAAUGGCUACCAGCGACCUGGAUCUGUUGUGGCAGCAAAAGCCCAACUGUUUGAAAAUGUUGGUUCACUUAAGCUGGUUUCUUUUGGGCGCCAAGCCAAAGCCAUGUACUCUUGUAAAGCAGAGCACAGCCAUGAGCUUUCCUUCCCACAGGGGGCGAUAUUUUCUAAUGUGUACCCAUCAGUGGAACCAGGAUGGUUGAAAGCAACUUACGAAGGCAAAACAGGACUAGUUCCAGAAAAUUAUGUUGUCUUCUUCUAAUACUGUUUAGUGGAUGGCAGUAUCUUCAUGGUAUCCAUGGUAACAAUAAUAAGUGCUAUGAUUUUAUCUGACACAGAUAUGGGAAUCAGCCCACUAAAUGAAAAGUAAAUUUCUGUUAAGUUUCUACACCAGCAGACUUAUGUAGCUCCCUAUAAAUGGAAAAGAAAAAAAAAUGCUUAAAUUGCUUGCCAUACCAUUCUUUUUAUUUUUUCCCUCUUGACUGGUUUCUUAUUUUAAAAUCUUUCUUCCCCUAUGCUUUCUGAUAAGUAACUCUGCACAUUGUCUCUUCCAUAACAAUUGUAGAAUCUCAAAUACUGUGUUAAGUACUAUAUCCCAGAAAUUUGGAAACUAGAAAUUUGCUAUAAGGAUUUUUAGAUAUGUCCUUUACUGUCUGGCAUUCUCUGAGGAACAUUGAAAUCAUUACUUAAAAAUGUAAUUUAAAUUGUUCAUUUAUAUUUUUUCUUAAGAAUUUACUUCUUUUAUAU